UAAUUGUGCCAAAUUUUUCUUCGGUAAAUGUCCGUGUUUUAACGAGAAGUUUAGUGUGCUUACGUAUCUCGAACAUCGAGUAACAGAAUAUUAGACUAAUUCAAACGCAUAAAAUAAACCUUUACAUAAACAAUUGGACAAAUACUGCGCUGCUUUUCUGGAUGCCAAUAUAUAAAAUAAUCACCUCAUUUUGUGAUUGCAACUGAGUGAAUCAAGAAAACUUCGUUUAACGUCCAUCUGCUUUAAUUUUCCGCAAGACCAAUUAAACAGUAUCUUAUCAUGUCAUUACGGAUAAUUUACUUUGCGAUUUUUAUUUCAAUUAUUGCACCAGCAGUUGUGAAUGCCGUAUUUCGACAUAAUGCAUUUUUAAAGAGUGAUGUAAUAAACGAGAGUAACACUUCAAAGAAAUACCCGGAGAUCACAGUGGUACGGCUUGAAGAGUCAUUCGAAUAUUUAGAUGGGUUAUUAAUAAUUAUAGCCGUAAUUAGUUCCAUGUGUCUUUUUGUGUACUGUUUGCACUGGUUUACCUUAACUCCUACCGGAAUACAGGCUGUUAUGAUUAUAUCAACUUAUUGGAAUCGUAUUUCCCGAUUUUUUUACUUUCGAGGACUCCGCGGUGAACGUGAUCCACCGCGUCAGGAACAAGCAAUAGAAGUUAUUGAACUAUAAAGGAAUCAAGGAAAACAUUUUACAAAUGAGAUAUAAUAAGUGAAUAUAUGUUACAUAGAAGCAAAUAUAAUUGUAUGUAUUAUACGAAAUGUCUACGUUAAAAGUCGUACCAACCGGAAGAUAGUCGAUUAGGA